AUGCCGCCUCAUCCUCCACCUCAGCAACCCGAGCCAAGCGCCUACAAAGAGGGAAUGGCCCGCUACAAAGCCUUCACCAGCCCUUUCGCAAAGGUCUUCCUGGGCGCCGUCUUCACGUAUCAAAUCAUUUACUGGACUUGGGUGAAGCUGGAGAUGGAGGAGGUCAAGGUUGGUAAGAAUCAGCAACUAGCUGCCUUGGAGAAGGAGGCAAGAGAGUUGACGGGGGUGGUGGAAAAGUGA